AUGUUCUAUUUCCAGCUGGUGAUCAUGGCUGGGACGGUGCUGCUGGCUUACUACUUCGAGUACACGGACACCUUCCCUGUGCACAUGCAGGGCUUCUUCUGCUACGACAAGACCUUCUCCAAGCCGUACCCUGGUCCGGAUGAGGGCAGCAAGAUCCCCCCCGUGCUCAUCUACUCGGUGGUCACCGCCAUCCCCACGCUCACGAUUCUUGUUGGCGAGCUGUGCGCCUUCUUCAUCAAGGCGGAGGGAACCCAGGAGAAGACCAUCGUCACCGCGGACUGCUGCUACUUCAACCCCCUGCUGAGACGCAUCAUCCGCUUCCUAGGUGUCUACGCCUUCGGUCUGUUCACCACCACCAUCUUCGCCAACGCCGGCCAGGUCGUGACAGGAAACCAGACGCCUCACUUCCUGUCCGCCUGCCGACCCAACUACACGGCGCUGGGCUGCCAGUCCGCCAUGCAGUACAUCACCGAGCGCCGCGCCUGCACGGGCAACCCGCUGGUCGUCAUGUCCGCACGUAAAUCCUUCCCCUCGAAGGACGCGGCGCUCAGCGUCUUCUCCGCCGUCUACACAGUGAUGUACGUGACGCUGGUGUUCAAGACCAAAGGCACGCGGCUGACCAAGCCCACCAUCAGCCUCACCCUGCUCUGCAUGGCCAUGCUCGUGGGCGUGGUCCGGGUCGCCGAGUACCGCAACCACUGGGCGGACGUCCUGGCCGGGUUCUUCACUGGAGGAGCCAUCGCCGUGUUUCUGGUGACGUGUGUGAUCAACAACUUCCAGCAGCUGCAGCCCGGCCUCGCUCCCCCCCGACCCCAGCGCCCGGAGUCCGUGCUGGGCAUGCCCAUGGUGACGCUCCCCUGUGUGGAGAGUCCACUUGAAAAGUUAAGAGGGGAUCUCCGUUCACCGAGAUCACAUGACCAUCAGCCCUAUCGGUUCCCCCCCGCUCCUCCCGAUGUCCUCAUACCGUCUCGCUCCAUUUCCAGCGAAGUCUAG